AUGAAAAAGCAAGCACUAUCUCCAUCAAUUGCUCUUGGUGGAGUCAGACUACAUGGAGGUCAUCAUCAUGACGGAGAUAUUGUAUCUAGCCUUCAGUCCUCAAGUAAACGAGGUACUCGUAUUACUAUCAUUGGCUUAGCAUCAAAUGUAGGCUUAACUGUGACGAAGGGUAUAGCAGGAUGGGUGAUGAAUUCGGCUUCAUUAUUAGCUGAGGCGCUCCACUCAUUCAGCGGCAAAUUUGAGACAGUUGGAUCGGUGACAGUGUCCUCAUUAUUAUUAGCAGGUGCUGUAACCAUUGGCUGGCAUUCAUUUGAUCUUUUGAUAACAGCACUUCAAACUUCAGGGUUUUUACUUUCAGACACCUCUGCAGCAGCUACAGCGGCCAUUGAAAGUGUAGCUUCAACCUCAACCCCGAAUAUUGAACACGCACAACAUGGACAUGGAGGUGUAUUGGAUCCAAAUGCAGCCUGGUUUGCAUUGGCUAGUGUGAUUGUUAAAGAAUGGUUAUACCGUGCGACUGUUAAGGUCGGUAGAGCGGAAAGGAGCGAAGUGCUAAUGGCGAACGCAUGGCACCAUCGAUCAGACGCGUAUUCUAGUGGCGUUGCCUUAGUUGCUAUUGUAGGCAGUUAUGCUGGUUUACCUGUAUUGGACCCCAUUGGUGGUCUUGUUGUCUCAGGCAUGCUCAUGAAAAAAGCGGACCUUAUCGAUUUCCAUUCGGUCAGAGGCCGUAAGCAAGGCCGUUUCAACCAUGUGGAUCUCGUUCUGAGAUUAAAUCCGAACAUAUCUAUGCAAUCGGCAGAUCAGAUCAGAGAAAAAGUACGUGCAAAUGUGAGGAAUAGUUGUGAUAGCAUUCAGGACGUUAUGAUCUAUUUGGAAGAUGCGACGGCAGUAAAGCAACAGAACGAUUUUGAACAUAAUCACCAUCACGACCACGAACAUGAUGAUCACGAGCACACGACAACAGUGACGACACAUCAUAACCACCAACAUUAG